CACGCGUUCUUCCGGAUUUGCUUCCACGCGGCUGAUGUAAUGCACAACACUUCCACACAUCCACAAUGUCCUCAAAACAUUCAGUAACCACAAUCGGAAAGUUGAUUCAGAAGUGUCUCAAGGAGGCUUAUCUUUUGCCGCAGAAACCGUCGUCGUAUUCUAAGGGAUAUCGAUUCCUAAAUGAUAGGAAAUACCGCACGUACGAUUGCCCGCCUAGCUCCCUGAAUUUCGAUCGUCUUCUGUAUCCAUUUCGUCAUCUUCCUGCCGCGGGAAAUGAGAUUCCCAUAAUAAUGGAGUGCAAACCGCCAGAUUAUCUGCAACAACACUGGAGACGAUGGCUUCCCGCUUUUCCUCCACCUGUAAUUAAAUCGCUGGACGAAGGACUACAAGACGAUAUUCCAGUUGUAACGGUGGCACCGUUUGAAGCCAUCCCGGAAGAAAAACAGAGCGUCCACCCUGACAUUUUAUAUAAACUGCAGCUCAAGAGUUCGCUCCUGGAAAUCGGAGUUCCCUGUCCCAAGCACAUGGAUAUAAACUCAGUUUCUUUCCCCUGCACAGUGAAAGCCGACUUGACUCAAGGCGGGCGAGGAAAUUGGCUGGUCAAAAACGAAAGUGAGUUAUCUGCAACACUGAGACAAAUCCGAGGGGUAUGCCAAUGGAAGGAUGAGAUUGUAUUCCAGGAAUAUAUCCCUGGGGUAAAGGAAGUUCCUAGCUUUCAGUUUAAUCUGCAUAAAUCUGGGGAGCUUUUUUGGGUGGGAACUACAAUUGGCGGAUUCACUUCAAGUGGACUCACCUGCAUAAGCAGUUCGGUUGACUGGGACAAGCAACAGGAAUACAGAGAUCUUGUCCAUGAAGAAUUUACCAUACCAGUUAAAAAUUACCUUCACAAGCAUGGCUACUUUGGUCUUGUGACCUUCGAGGUUUUAAUCACAGACCACGGAAAGUACCUCAUUGAUAUCAACCCAAGGAUUAGUGGCGAUACAACACAUUUACUAGUGGCUCCUUAUAUUGCUUCAGAACUUGGCCUGAAACAUUCCACAGUAUUUCUGAAGAAUAAGCACUACAACAUGUCAGCUGAAAAGUUGAUUGAGAAGGCAGACCAAAACAAUGAAAAAGGCGAGUCAAUUAUUGUUGUACUUUCAACAUUUGAUGCAGACAAGGGCUGUGAAUCUUAUAUGUCCAUUUUUGCCAGGAGCCCUGAAGAGGUUCAACACCUAUACCACCAGAUAAACAACUGAUGAUGAUUAAGUAAACGUGAGUUUUAUGAAUUAUAUCAAAAAAUUAACAUCAUGUAUAGUUUAACCCCCCUUUUGACCUGGUUAUUACA